CGCUGUUCACAGUAGCUGAGAGUAAGCCACCGACAAAUUUUUUCGUAUACCGACUGUUUGGUUGUUUUUUUUGGUUUUUUUAUCAAUUCUUUCGACAAACUUCGUUCCUUUUCCUUUGCAGUGGUCCACUAGGCUAGUCACGCAACGAGCUCAUCGAUUCGUGACAAGCGAAAAAGACGGCUACGAAAGAAAUUAGCAAAUCAAAACAGAGCUCCUGAGUUUAUAUUUUUGAACAUCAAUUACCAUAACAUUGUUACCUUGAUAUACCACUUAACUUCUCUUCUACGCUUUUCUCGGCACAUGGAUCGCUUUCCUAUUGUCAAGUAAGCUGAUAUUUCAAGAACAAGACGGUGCGUGCUCUGUUGGUAUUCAUUUGUUUCUCGGAAAACAGAUACGGCCGAUUACGUCGAAACUGAUAUAGGUGAAUGUCAUUAUUUUAAGGAAAGAUCGUCACUUCACGAAGUUUAGGAGCAUCAAGAAUGAAGAUUAUCGGGUUUUACAUCACAUUCUUUAUAUGUUUCGUGCCAGCUCUAGUAACAGGUUAGUUACCUUAAUCAAGCCUCGCACGCUUUUUAGGGGUAUUACUGGGAAUCACAUCGUGUGAAAUUGCUAGUUUAGUGAAAGGCGGAAGCGACGGCGACACUUAUAGUUUAGAUUUAGCUUUGGUGAUACGUGAAUUUUAGAAGCAAUAUUUCCUAUGCUCUUCAUGUUCAACUAUGAAUAUAAAUAGAGAAUAUUAUAGGUGCGUGUUGAUGUGGAAUUUAUCAUCGAGUCUUCAUCUCGAUAGCUCACGAGUGAGCGUAGCGGACGAGUUGAACACGACCAAAUCUUAAAAAUUUAGUCGCCAAAUUGGCCACUAGAAUGUUUCAUCAUAACCUCAUCAAGAUAUAUAGUGAAUUAAAAAGAUUUGCAAAGAUAAAUCCGCUGCAAACUUCCUCGUUAAGUCUGUUUCCAAAACGCAGCACAAGCAUCUCGAUCGACAACUAGACGCCAUCUUGAAUAUAGGCUUGAAGAUUGUAUAUGAUCCAUCCUAGUGUCCACUUUGUAACAUGUUAAAGAUCUUUUCCUCAGGCUCAAGGUCAUAAAUAAGUUUGUAAUUGGCCAAGUAAUCACUGUGCCUAAAAGACUUCAAGUAAUCAUGAUUAACAUUUGUUUAAAAAUGCAUAAAUUCAGUCCAAUUUUUAUGCUUAAAUUCCAAAUUGUCUAGAACCAGCUACCAGUAUAUAAUUCAGGAGAUAUUCAUUGACCUGCACAUUAGACUAGCAAUGAAUUCCAUGUUCAGCUUGUGUUUAGCAAAAAUUUCUCAUUGAAUCUCCAUUACUAAUUUCCCAUUAUAUUUUCUUCAAUAAUUCACAACUUUGUAUAGAGUAAUUGUCCAUCGUAUUUCAUUAAUGUAUAUGUAGAGUCAGUUGAAUUCAAAUUGUAACAUUGCAUUUGCAACUGAAGAUGACACACGCAAUGUCAAAACAUGUUUUGCAAACUUACCAACAGGGUUCUUGCACAUGUUUUCAACUUAAUUUUUGAUGCUGCAUAAAGAUAACUGUUUUAGAGCUCUAAUGAGUGUGAUAGUGCUACUGUAAAUCUUGUUAUCAUGCUUCUGUUUUGUAACUUUCAUGACUAGACAUGUCAGUAUACAUUAAGGCCCACUAGUUUCUUCUGAGAAUCCUAAACUAGUUUAAAAAUCAAUAACAGCCACAGCUUCUUUAAGCCAAAAGUCACAACAAUCUGAGAUCUUCAUCGAGAGAAGUAAGGAUGCUUGCAAAUUUCAGGAUCCCUUUCAUAAGACCUUUACAAAAAAUCAGCUUAAUUUGCCAAGAUGCUUAAAUACUAUUAAAUAUUUUAUUAUCACUUUUUCUUAUUUUUUUUAAAAUUUUCAUUAUUACUUUUAUCAUAAUUUUUAUUGUUAUUUCCGUUGUUAUUAUUAUUAUUAUUAUUAUUAUUUUUACAUUACUGUCAGUAUUGUUACAUUAUCAUUAUUAAUAUUACUCAAUUAUCAUCAUAAUUCCCAAUAUUAUUAUCAUUAUUCUUGUCAUUAACAUAUAACUUAUCAUUUCCAGUAUCCUUGCCUAUGUUUUUGGCAAGCAUUGCUAGUCAGAUAGCUAAAAUUGGAAUGGAGUUUCAAAAUUAUAGUACAAGUGCCUUGGUGAUUUUAUAAAUUAUGAAACAUUAAACUUAGAAUGAAAAAUCUGACUGAUAAUUUGCAUUUACCAUGCCAAGGUCAAAGUCUACCUAGUUUUCAAGAUCUUUGUCUGUGUAGUGUUCUCGUUUCUUUUGCAAACUCAGAGGGAAGUGUCCAAUUCAGUUUUUUUUGGCCAAUUGAUAUUAUGAAUUUUUAGGCUUGCUGUCUGUUGUUUGCUUAAGCCUUUGGCUUUGAAAAAAAACCUGGAGCUCAGUUUUGAUAAUUCACGAUCAUCCAAUAAUUGCUCAAUGGUUUAGUUUUUUUCUCUGCUCUUUGGAGAAAGUGUUAUUUUACAACUUAUCCAUAGCAUAAUGUUUUAUCUUGAGUCUUAGCGCCAACGCACCUUAUAAUUUUUGUUCAGGGAUUGUCGAUCCUUUUAUUUUUAUUCAUAUCAAAGUUGACAUUUCUUGUCAGUAAAGGGCUGUUGUUUUUAUAUGUUAAAUAAAAUAGUACUUGGUGGCUUGUAGAUAUGAAAUUUAUGUUCUCACAUCCAACUAGACAUCUCACUCAUGAGCUUUCGCGUUAAGCACUUGAAGAGAACUUAUAUAUCUACACGCACCCAUGUAUUAGUCUCUACUUAAAACUAUUUAAGUGAAGCUAUUUUCUCAUUAUGACACAGCUCCAGACAUAUUCAUGUGGGAAUUUACCGGAGAGUAUUGCAAGUGUUUACUGAGGCAGCCAGAAUAUGGGAUGCUUAUUGGAUGGUUUUCCUGCCCAACUCACGAUUGCAAUAAUGAGUGGGACAAACAUUGGAUAGCUGGCAUACAUUUUAUGGAGAAGGUAACUCUUGAAAAUCCACACUUCAAUGCCUUUCUCAACGGGCCUUUACUUAUCAAGAAAGUUCUCCCCGUGUAUGAUGGAAGAUACUUCAUCAUGCGAGUGAAGACGGAUACAGGAGCCAAGGCAAGUAUUUACCAUCGUAAAGUAGUACAAGGUAAUGUUUACCUCUUAAUUAUUCUGUUUUAUGUGUUGUCUCUAUGCGUCCUUCUGUCUAUUUUCUGUUUCAAUGUAAAGGGAAUUGGAGUCCUGACUUCUUAACCAAUAUUCAUCAUUUUUCCCCUUACCCGUUUCUAGAGCACCCACUUCUGACGCUGGUCAGUCAGCAAAAUAUCUAUGCCUUUGAAGGGAUGGAUGUUUUUCUUUGAAGCUCAGGUGAAGGCCUACCCCUAUCCAUGGGUUUCUCUGAGUCAUGUCUUGGAGUCACACGAAAGAGUAAUACAAGAGACAUCCAACGUCAGUUCUCAAAAACUAAUGAAGAUUCCAAGCAUCACUAAGGCCAGCAGUGGUGACUAUGUCCUAUACGCUGAGAAUACUGUGGGAAAUGAUACUCUCACUGUGAGGUUUUAUGCGGAGGGUAAGUUCGUUCUACUCACUUGUACUCACUGAUGUUGGAUUCCUGGGUAUAAAUUUUCACGUAAGCAAAGAAAUGCCACUUAAGUUCAUGGAAAAGCCAGCUCUGAUUACUAGAUGCCACCAGAAGACCUUAAUUUCCUAAAAAAAAACAACAAUUUGUGGAACACUACACCAAUAGUUUUUGGGGGUGUGGCUCACUUAACAUUACGGCUCAUACACAAGUUUUUACGGUCCUUUAUUUAUUUGCAUUGGAGCCCUCUUGUUUUCAGCUAAGAAAAUUAUUUACCUAUUGUUUAAGGAUUGUUACACAUUGAAAACCAUGGCUGAGGUAUCUAUUGUGUUUUUUCCUGCAUUUAGGCAUGCCAGGCCGUUCAUCUUCACCACCACCAGGUAAACACUGCAAUCCGUACUUUCUCUCCCUGCUAUUUCCUCCUCUUCUUUCUUUCCUCUUCCUUGUACAUCGUUAUUAAGGUAACUUCUUACUCUCAUCUAUGCUCGUAUUUAAUCGAGAUAUAUAGGUUUUUAUAAUGAUAAAAUCUUAUGUUUUAUCUCCCAUUAAGGUGACAUCCCAACCUCAGAGGCUCCUAAACCUUCAGACUCUACUCCCUCAAGUAUGUAUGCCGUUUUUUUUGUUUGUUUGUUUGUUUGUUUUUUCCCCGAGGAAAAACAAUACAUAUCAACACACAUGUAAACGAGUUUCCUCUAUAGCUGAAUGACUGACCUCAUUUAUCUCUUCUGCUCCACCUGUUGCUUUUGUUGUUAUUGUUAACCGUCGUAUCGAUUUUUCCAAAUCAUGAAUGUGUUACUUUUAACCCAUUGCAAAGAUUUGUGAUCUAAGCUUGGUUUUCAGAGUUUGAUAUAUCUCACGUUUUAUCCGAGUUAUGCAUUAGGGGAAGACGCUUGAAUGCAACAGAUUUCUAAACUUAAAAACGCUUUCCUGAUUGAAGCUUUAAAGAGAUUGUAGAAUAUGAGGUUUAAGUUCAUGCAUGGUGCCCCCCCAGGGGCUCUGUUAUCAGGUUGAAUGAGUAUAAUAAACUUACAGAGAAUAAUGACCUAUUUAUUCAUAGAUGAAUGCAGCAACGAUGUGAAUUUUAAGACAGCAUUCAGGAAUCCAAGUGUCCGUGCGUUGGUAAUUAUUCUGGCGUUGAUAAUUAUUCUGGCGGUGAUAGGCAUUGUCAUAGUGUUGAGAUCAGUUUUGUUCAAAACUUGUAAUUGUCACUUAAUCAAGGGAAGCAGUAUAACUUGGAUGUAAAUGAUAAAGAAUGCAACACUACAGCUAAUAAUAGCAACGAGAGCAUUGCCAAGGAGCAAACGGACAGCGCUGAAAAUGUGUAUCAGCUAUUUGUUGCAGUAGUAGCAUUCGACCGUAAUCGUUGGGCAAUUGCUCUUGGUGGAAAAUAUAGAUGUGUAUUCACGUACUCUUUUAAAGCAGUGAAAUCUAGAGUGCAUAUGGCCUUAAACCUUAGUGUCGUUAUUAGUUAUAUUUGCUACUCUAAAACGGUACUUUGCAUGGAUUGCGUUUCCGUUAAUUUAUUUUAAUAUAUAUAUUUUAUUUAUUACUUAUUUUUUGAUCUUGUAAAUUACUGAAUCAGUGAUACAUUUCUUUUCAAGUGAGAAAAAAGAGUUUAUGAUGUCAGUAGGUUACAAGCUGUAAAACUGAAAGAUUUCUUUAGCAAAAACUAUUUGAUUUUUUUAUUUUUAUUUUCUGUGGAUGUCAUGUCUAUGUCCUAUACUUUUUUUAACAUAUUCUUUGAAUUUAAAGUGCAUUUUACAUCCUAAAGCCGCAUUUUCCGCUGUGUGUUUGAAUACUUAUGAGAGGUUUUCGCCACAACAGCUACUUAAUCAGAUCAAUUUUUUUUCAAAAAUAACCGAAGGUAAUUAGGGCUAUUUGAACGGAAUUAAAUAAUUAUUAAUGUGAAUUUCAUGAAACCGUCUCCGUGGGGAAAUGGCUUUGACGACUAACGGUUAAAAUUCGGGCCGUUUUGUGGACAUCGAUUUCUUUACUUCAUUUGUGAUUUCAAGAAAAAGUUUUAUGGUUAACUCUAUUUAACGGUUUAAAUUUAUCCACUUUUACGCCUUAUGGCGUUAACUUAAUUGAGACCCCCCCUAUUAGAGAUUAAAUUAAGAAAGUAUAAAAAUUCUGUUUUUUUUUGUGUGUGUG